AUGAAAUUUCAAAAGCAUUUAAAGAGUGUCACAAUUUGGAAUCAUCAUUAUUUACCAUACCAAAAGCUAAAGAGAAAAAUUAGAAAUUAUUUUUCCCCACCAGUUUCACCUGUUGACAAUAGAGUAUCAUUACAACAACAACAACAACAACAACAACAACAACUGCAGCCAGGAAAUGAUGUUUCAAAAGACUUUUUAGAAAUUUUAGAAAAUGAAAUUAAAAAAGUUAACCAAUUUAUAUUGGAAGAAAGAUUACCACAUGUCUUAAAUAGAUUUGAAGAUUUAAAGCAAAAAUACAAGUCUAUUGAUUUUUCGUCCCCAUUUUCAGUUUAUUUAAGUGUAGGAUUACCAACACAACAGCAAUUAGAAGAAGAAGGUUCCGGUAGUGGAAAUUCAACACCAUUAGACCAAUCAUCGUCAUCAUUAUAUUUCCCAAGCGAACAAUUACAACAACAUGGUUCAAAUGAAGUAGAUACAAUUACAGCUUUUCAAAUUGCAUUUGAAGAUAUCUUAAAGCAAUUGGCUGAAAUCGAUCAAUUCUCACAAUUAAACAUCCAAGCUAUUCAAAAACUAUUGAACACCUAUUCAAAGAAAAAAGUAAAAUCCACAAUUUACGAACAAAAGAGAAGAAAAGCAGGUCAAUCUGAAUUAACUGGUUUGCAAAAAUUAGAUAUAAACAAUACAAAUAAUAAUGAACUAGAGCAAAAAGAAAACCAUCAGAAGCAAAAGCUUUUAGAAUCUAGUGAAAUCGAUUCUAUUAAACAACAAGUCGACAAAUUCUUUAAUGAUAAAGUAACUGAACUUGAAUUAUAUAACCGUGUUCAACUUAAAAAAUUAACAUUAGAAAUCGAAUUGGAGUACCAAACCAUUUGCCAAACAAAUGUUAGAUUAUUAAACAACUCAUACUAUGAUUUAUUAUCAAUAAAAGAAAAAGAAUUAUCAAACAAAGUUGUAUUAUUUUGCAAAAAUGUUAUAAGUAAUAAUACUAGCUUUAUAAAGAACAUCAUCGAAGAGAUUAAAGGUCUAAUGAAAGAACUAAAGAUUGAUGAUAGUCAAAUUAUGUGGACUGAAACCAUACAUUCAUGUAUACAUAAAUCAUGCUAUUUGGGAAAUGUUGAUAUGGUCAAGUUGUUGUUCAGUUCAUUUAAAUCAUUGGUAAACGUUGACUAUUGCGAUGAAAAAAAUAAACAAUUUAUACACAUUGCUUCAGAAAAUGGUAAAACAAAAGUAGUCGAUUUCCUUUUAGACAAUGGCGCAAAUAUCGAAUGUGGUGAUUUCUUAUCCCGUAGACCAUUACAUCUAUCCUCAAAAAAUGGUCACUAUGAAUGCACAGAACUCUUACUAAAAAGAAAUGCAAAUGUCAAUGUUUUAGAUAGAGAAGGAUGUACACCAUUGUAUUUGGCAUGCCGUAGAUACCCACAAAAAGAAGAGCAAGGAAACUUGGUUAUAGAUGCUAGUUCAGGCAAUGCGGGUACAGAGAAAUCAAUUGUCGAUUUAUUAUUAUUAAAUGGUACACCUUUAACUAGAGGUCCAUACGGUAGACACAUUUUGCAUGAAGCUUCAAGUAAAGGCAAUGUUAGCAAUAUUAAAUCAAUUGUAAAAGUGGAUCCAGAGUCUAUUAAUUUAACCGAUUUGUUUGGUAGAACCCCAAUUUUCGAAUCUGUUAAGCAUGGUAAUCUUAGCUCCAUAAUUACCUUGUUAGAGAACAAAGCAAAUAUAGUUCAAGUUUUCGAUGAUGACAAAAGAACAUUACUUCAUGAAGCUGCAGCUAAUGGCCAACUAGAUUCUAUGGAGUUGCUUUUUGAUCAUAUUACAAGAACUCUUAAUGUUGGUAAAGAGGAAUUAUAUAAAAUUUCGAAUCAACAAGAUGAUGAUGGUUGGGCUCCACUUCACGAUGCUUGUUAUUUAAAUUAUAUUCAAUGUGUCAAAUGUUUAUUAGAGCAUAGAUCCAAUCCAAAUCUUUUAGAUAAAGGUGAGUGGUCACCAAUUGUUCACUCAUUGUAUAGAGGUAAUAUUCAAGCAGCUAUCACUAUCAUGGAAUUUUUCAAGAAAAACCCAGAUCUCUUACAUGAAUCAUCAAAUUUAUUAUCCCCACCACUUAGAGAUUCAAACAAGUCAAUUAUGAACCAAUCAUUACCACCAAAAAUCAUUGAUUUAAGUGAUUUAAAUAAAUCAAUAAACUCGUUAAACUCAAGCACAGGUACAACCCCCAAAUUACCAUUAUCACCAGGAAAAUCAGAUUCUCUAUCCUCGUCAAAUACAACUGUAUCAGAUUCAUCAACCUCGACAACACCAACACCAACACCAACACCAACUAGCAACAUGGCAGCAAAUAAAAAAAUAUUAAAGUCAUUAUUAUCUACUGUUUGCUUUAGAGUGUUAGCCACAAAUAUUAAACCAGGUCAUAGAUUAGGUAUUGUUGGUAAUAGAAAGGCUAUUGGGUCAUGGAAUCCAUCUUCUGCCAUCUUUUUUAAAGAAGAAACACAAUCAGCUGAAUCAAGUGUUUGGGUUGGUAGAGUUCAAGUUCCAGUAAAUGUUCAAUUAGAGUAUAAAUAUGUUAUUUUUGAAGGUACACGUUUAGAUUCAUGGGAGGCAUUACCAGAGAAUAGAAAGUUUACACCACAAGAAGAGGAUGAAUUUGUGGAUGAUGGUGUUUUUGGCCAAUUACCAAAUGAAGAUGUAGACUCACAAGCAAAACAAUCUAUUUUUAUGGAGCGUGGUUGGUUGGUACAAGAUACUCAGCUUAGAGUUAGAUUUGGUGAAACUAGUUCAACGGAUCCACAACGUAAAAUUAUUCAACCAGUUAUAUUAUAUAAUGGUAAAGAGCAAGCAGGUAAAAUUAUUGUAUCACUUAGAGACCGUUUCUCAAAUAUUCAAAAGGGAACAACUACAUCAACAGUUAAUUUACCAUUAACAAAAGAUCAAUCAGUUUUAUUCCAAACAAAUCAAUUGAAGACAGAUUCAUAUCACACAAUUCAAUUUGAUAUUUAUAGACGUGGUAUGUCGACAGUGCUAAUUGGUCGUGCUAUUAUCCUUGUAUCAGAAUUAACAAGCACCCACCCAUAUAAAAAAGUUGUACCCAUUAUAAACUCCUCAUUACUUUCAGUUGGUGAGCUUUAUUUCUUCCCAUUAAUUAUCUCGCCCUUUACCCAUCCUAAAGUUUCCGAUGUUUUAUCUAAAACAUAUUGGAAGAGUACAUUAUUAAUUGGUCAUCGUGGUGGUGGGGCUGAAAAUGCAAGAAGUGUAGGCAAAUAUAAGAGAACUCAUAUCAAAGAGAAUACAAUUCUAUCAUUUGUUACAGCUGCCUCUCUUGGUGCUCAGUAUAUCGAAUUUGAUGUUCAACUCUCGCGUGAUGGUGUACCAGUUAUCUAUCAUGACUUUGAAAUCUUGGGUAAAGAUAAUAUUAAAAUCCCAAUCAACAAAAUUAAUUUACAACAAUUUAAAAAGCUUCAGCUAAAGAAAAACAAAACUAAAAAUGGUCAUAAUGAUGAAGACGAAGAAGAUGAUUCCAGCAACAACAAUCAUCAUGAAGAUGGCAAGUACGAUUUAACUAAUGAUGAUCCACUCCACCAUAAUAGCGAUAAGAGAUUAAAAUUCCCAUCAUUAAAAAAUUUACGUGGAAGAUCAAAAUCUAUGCAGGAUAUAUUUAAUGAUUUUGGUGCAAUUUCAUCACAAUCAGCAUCAAGCAUUAUUACAAAUUUAAAAUCAAGUGCCAUUAAUAUAAAUGCAAGUUUUAAUAAAAAUAGUAAUAAUAGUAAUAAUAAUAACAACAAUAGUAAUAAUAAUGGUAAAUCAGAACCAAUCAACGAUUCAAUGACAACACUAGAAGAAACAUUUAAAAAUGUACCAAUUCAAACUGGUUUCAAUAUUGAAAUUAAAUAUCCAAACCAAGAAAAAGAACAGGAAAUUCAAAUGAAUAAUUUAAAUAGAAAUACAUAUGUUGAUAUUAUAUUAAAAGUAGUUUUCGAACAUGCAGGUGAUAGAAGUGUAAUGUUUUCAUCAUUCGACCCAGACAUUUGUUUAUUAUGUUCAUUGAAACAACCAAAAUACCCAGUCUUCUUUUUAAACAAUGCAGGCUUUACCCAACACUCUGACCCACGUGCAAAUUCAAUAUCUGAAGCUAUUCGUUUCUCAAAAUCAGCUCAUCUUUUAGGUAUUGUUACAAAUUCGAAAAUUCUUUGUGAAGCUCCACCAGUAAUUGGUCAGGUUAAAUCUGCAGGUUUAAUGUUGUGUAGUUGGGGUUCUGAAAAUAAUGAUCCUGCUUUAGUCGACCUUCAAGAAUCUUUAGGUUGUGAUGCCGUUAUCGUUGAUCAUGUAGCAUAUGUUUCAAAACAUUAUAACAAACCAACCAAUAAUGAAAAUGAAAAAUAG